AUGAUCACCGAACUCUCCUUCGGCCCGCACUACCCCACGCUCCUCAACCCGCUCGACAAGACCAUCGCCGCCACCGAGCACCACUACUACAAGUACCAGUACUUCCUCUCCGUCGUCCCCACCAUCUACUCCAAGGGCACCGCCGCCCUCCAGGAGAUCUACACCGACCCGCAGCACGCCCGCACCAACAGGAACCUGGUCAUCACCAACCAGUACGCCGCCACCAGCUCCGCCGACGUGCUGCCCGAAAGCCCCUACUUCAUCCCGGGAAUCUUCUUCAAGUACAACAUCGAGCCCAUCCUGCUGUUGGUCAGCGAGGAGCGCUCCAGCUUCCUGGCCCUGCUCAUGCGCCUCGUCAACACCGUCUCCGGUGUCAUGGUCACCGGCGGCUGGCUGUAUCAGAUGGCCGGCUGGGCGGGCCAGUUGCUCCUCCGGCGGCGGCGGGAGAAGUCCGAGGGGAUGCUGAAUGGGAGGCAUUUUGCCGAGGAUUGA